AUGGCAUCUGAUUCCAAAGUUCUUGUAUCUAUAGAUAAUAUAACAAAUAAUACAUCAUCUUAUUCAGGAAAUUUUCGUUAUUUAAUGAUUAUUCAUUAUCUGAGUAUAUAUGCUCUUGUCCUUAUUAUAGUUGGUACUAUCGGUAAUCUGUUGACAAUAAUUGUGUUAUUGAGACGUAAUCUUCGUCGCUUUGUGACUGUUCAUUAUUUAAUAGUUGUUAGUAUAUGUGAUAUUAUAUCAUUAUAUGGAUGGAAUUUAAAUAGCUUUUAUAAAUUCAAUAUUAGCCGUUCUCACGGUAAUAUUGAAGAUUUAUCUCUUAUUCAUUGUCGACUUAUUUCAUUUAUGACAUUUGCUGCUUUACAAUUAUCAAGUUGGUGUCUUACAGCUGUUAGUCUUGAUCGUGCUCUUAGUCUUUUUUGGCUUCAAUGGAAACAAUCAUUUGGUAGGCUAAGAUAUACUAAAUAUUAUAUAAUGUUUCUAACCUUUAUUUGUAUUGCCGUUAAUGCUCAUAUUUUAUUUUUAAAUGGUUAUCAUACACCAACUGGUACAAUAGUAUGUUACGCGACUCGUUCAAAUGCUUAUUAUAUUUAUCCAGUAUGGGAACGCGUUCAUUUAGUUCUCUAUAAUCUUUGUCCAUUUACUAUAAUGUGUAUUUGUAAUACAUAUAUUAUUGUUGUUACUGUAAGAUCAAGCCAAGCACAAGCUGUAGCCGGACCAAAUCAAAAUUAUCGAAAAGGUCUUGAAAAAUAUCGACAAUUUACUGCUUUACUUAUUAUUGUAACAUUCGCUUUUGUUAUAUUGACUCUACCAGCUUGUAUCUAUUUUGUAUUUUUCCGUAAUGCUUUCGCACUAACAACACAACGUAGUUAUCGUUUUAUGAUUCAAAUAUUAUUAAAUUCCAUUCAAUUUACAUCACAUGGAAUCAAUUUUUUUCUUUAUUGUUUUUCUGCAUCAAGUUUUCGUCAUGAAUUCUAUGGGAUGCUUCGAGAACUAGUAUACCAUUGUCAUUGUAUACGUUGUUGGUCUUGGAAUAUGACCAGAAAAAAUAAUCAAAAACGGCGUUAUGAUAAAAAUGAUAAGAAUGGAUCACCUUUAGAACGUCAACGGAUGAAUCAUGCUUGA